AUGGAGGCUGAGCUCAAUGAGUUCUUUGCGGGCUCAUUCCCCGAUGGAAUCCCUAAGGAUAUCCUCGGCGAACUUCUUUCCAUGACACGGGUGCACUCGAUCACCGCCGAGGAGCUCUUCUACAAAUGGGAGUCUUACAGUAUGAAGAUGGGCGAGGGGGUGAAAUUGUCGAUGACCACCGUGAGAGGCUUCAAGCAAGAUGUCCAAGAAGCCCUGGAACGCGACAGUCGAGACAAGGCGAGUCGACACACUGAGAAACGCGGCGGAAACACAGCGACCCCGCGCGCACCCGCGGCCGGCGGCGAUAUGUUUGGCAUGUUCGACCAAUUGACACCAAACGCCUCGAAUACCCGGACUGUGACUGUGAAUGGAAUUGGAUCAGCAAAGCGCAAGGCCGAGUUUACUUCGCCAGCGACACCCAAAGUCAGCAAGUUCGACAAGCUUGCAUCGCAGGCCAUUAAGACGCCAACGGGAACUCCCGGUGAGGGUGUACAGGCCAUUGCAUUCGCCGAACGACCAAAUGCCGGCCAGACGGUAGAGACCCUCAACGCACACCUCUCCCUGCCAGAAACCCCCAUGGCGCCAUUCUCCGAAGCGCGUAUCAAGCCCACAGCAAACACAGAUCUCAAGAAAUUCGGUUAUAAACCGAUGGGCAUGAAGUUGUCAGAAGCAUCGGAGAUCCUCGAUGAUCGCAUUGAUGAAUUUGCGACAAUCUUCCAGGAACAAUACAAUUCAGACGAGAUCACAUUCGGAAGUGCGGCCACUCAAAGCACCAGCGAGAUCAUUGCAGUUGGGCGAAUUGCAUCGGAUGCCCUCGAAGGAAAACUCAAUGCAGCUUCCCUUGUACUUGAGACUUCGCGCCGGACAGGAGCCGGCAGGCGAGUUCCUUUGAAGGUGGACUCGGUGGCAUCGGUGAACUUCUUCCCUGGCCAAAUUGUGGCUUUGCGGGGAAUCAAUCCCUCGGGUGAAUAUUUUACAGUAAAAGAAGUGCUGCCAAUGCCUCUUCUCCCACCAGCGGCGUCCCCGGCAGUGGCACUUGAGAACAUAAACGAGCGACUCAAUGGAGAUGCCAAUCCUCCACUGAACGUCAUGCUUGCAGCAGGCCCCUAUACGACUGAUGACAACCUGGACUUUGAGGCAUUACAUGAACUAUGUCAAAAAGCAGCCGAAAAUUACGCGGAUAGUGUUGUGUUGAUGGGUCCAUUUUUGGACAUUGAGCACCCUCUUCUCGCAUCGGGAGAUUUUGAUCUACCAGAUAUCAAGGGAAUUGACCCGGACACUGCCACUCUCUCUGUUUUAUUCCGACACUGCAUCUCAACACCAUUGGCACGACUCGCCGCAGCCGUGCCAAGUAUUACAAUCGUGAUGGUCCCGUCUGUCCGCGAUGCUCUCAGCCGACACGUCUCCUGGCCCCAAGAGCAACUUCCCAGGAAGGAAUUAGGUCUGCCAAAGCAAGUCCGUAUGGUCUCCAACCCCGUCACAUUAUCAUUCAAUGAGGCUGUCAUCGGCAUGUGCUCCCACGAUGUGCUCACUGAGCUCCGUCGUGAAGAGGCUCUACAUGGCCGCCCAGCAGAAGGCAAUUUGCUCACCCGUCUGCCCAAAUACCUCGUUGAGCAGCGUCACUUCUUCCCGCUGUACCCUCCAACUGCCCGAGCAAAUCUCCCCAAGCCAGCUUCUGAAAACAGCAUCGCCACAGGCGCCAUGCUGGAUCUGCCCUAUAUGAAAUUGGGUGAAUGGUGGAACGUUCGACCGGAUAUCUUGAUCGUACCGAGUAUGCUGCCACCAUUUGUCAAGGUUGUGGACAGCGUGCUGGUCAUCAACCCAGGCACCCUCUCCAAACGUCGUGCGGCAGGUUCCUACGCCCAACUGGCCAUCCACCCUCGCCUGGUAGCAGAAGACGAGCGCGAGGAGAAGCAGCUGAGCCACAAGUUAUAUGAACGAGCUCGGGUCGAUAUCAACCGAAUCUAA